CCGGCCCCCGUAGAACACCACAACGACCGGCAAAGAGAAUCGGCGGUCAGGCCAUGAAUUUGGGAGAUGGUUUAAAGUUGGAAACUGAACUGCUGGAUGGAAAAACCAAGAUAAUAUUAUCUCCAUAUGACCAUAAAUCAAAAUUUUCUAUGAAGAUGGGAAAUAAGAGCAAGAUUACAAAAUGUCCUUUAAGAACAAAGCACACUGGACACCUUCUAAAGUCAACACAAAAUUCUUAUAUUGGGAGUGAAAAACUUUUGCAAAAGAAGACAGUUGGUUCAGAAACUUCACAGUCCAAAAGUGAAAAGAAUAGAAUGACAGUUACACCCACUAAGGAUUUAUAUAAGCAGUAUGAAGAUAAAGACUGUCUUCAUAUCCAAACAGAAGUAUCAUCUUUAACCCCUAAUAUAAAGAAGACUCGAAACACCAUAAAUCCAUCUUUAGUAAUUAAAGAGAAGCCUCAUAAAAAACACAACAUAACUGAAAACAUGAGUAGCAGUUUGGUGUGUCUAACACAAGACCAACUACAACAGAUUUUGAUGAAUAUAAACCAAGGAAAUGGAUCUGUUUCUCUGACUAACAGUGAAAAUGAUGAGAAAACAAGUCAGGACAGUCUACAUUUAAAAAAUAUUCUGAAUGAGCCAGAGGAUGAGAACAUCAUGGGCUUACUACAAAAAAAAGAGGCUGUUUUAUCCACCCUAGAUGAAAAUAAAUCUCUCUUCAAUAAAAAUCAGGAAGCAACUGAACAAUAUGAGCAGAAAACUGUCAUAAAAAAUAAAUGGCAACCAGCUGACAUAUUUAGUACUCUGGGAGAAAGGGAACGUGAUAAAAGUUUGUUGGAAGCAAAAAGAGCCCAGUGGCGGAAAGAGCUAGAUGAACAGGUUGCCUUAAAGAAGAAAGAAAAAGAAGCUUCUGAAAAAUGGAAUAAUCCUUGGAAAAAAUCUGAGAAUGAUAAAAUAAUGUUGGAAAAACUUCAAAUUCUUAACCAGUCUAGGACUUCUGCUGACUCUUCAAAUGUUUUGUCACAGUCUCCUUGUCAGGUUACAAUGGCUGAUGGAUAUUUACUACUUACAGAUAGCCAGGUUUUAGAGGAAACUGUGCUGCUGGAACAUCCUUUCAGUGCUGUGAGACAAGAACAGAGAAUAUGGACUGAAGAUUUAAAUAAAAAAACACAAGAUGACUGGCAAAAGAAAACAGAGGAAAAUUCAAAGAGUCAGGAACAUGACAGAUGGGCAAUGAAUUUUGAUUCAUUAAAGAAUCAUCCUGGUUCUCAGUCUCGGCUGUCCUCUCAGUUCACACCAAAACACCCGGAGUACUUCUGUGUCUCCCCUGACACUCGGGAUCUGGCUGAUAUCAGCAGUGAAUAUACUCUUACUCCUGGAAGUCAGAUUGAAUCUUCAGAGGAAGAGCAUAUAGUAAAACCUGUUAGCGAUGUGGCUGUGGCAAACAGUCAGAAAACAAACUUUCUCCGUUCUAUGACUGCUCUCUUGGACCCAGCACAGAUUGAGGAAAGGAACAGGCGGCGACAAAAACAGCUAGAACAUCAGAAAGCAAUCACUGAGCAGGUAGAAGAAAAGCGCAGAAAAAAACAACUAGAAGAAGAACAAAGAAGGAAGGAAGAACAAGAAGAAGAGCAACGCUUAUCACGGGAACGAGAAAAGAUGCAGAAACAGUAUGAAGAGGAUAUCCUUAAGCAAAAACAAAAGGAAGAAAUCAUGACUCUCAAGACAAAUGAGCUAUACCAAAAAAUGCAGAGAGCACAGGAGUUAGCACAGAGACUGAAACAAGAACAGCGAAUCCAAGAAUUGGCUCAAAAAGGACAUGAUACUUCUAGAUUGAUGAAAAAUCUUGAUGUAGAUGCAAUGCAAGUGGAUGAUAAGGUGUCCCCUAAGAUUUCAAGUUCAAGACAUGACUCUGAUGAAGAUGGCAGCAAAAUAAAUACAUGUAUCAGUUCUACUAUUUCUCCCAAGAAAGAUACUGGUGUGCAAACAGAUGACUUAAUUACAAGAAAUUUCACUAACACAUUAUCACACUGUGGAUCAGUGAUAGAAAGGGAAAAUACACCUUGUUCUUCUCCCCAGAGUUCUGUAGAAUUUGAUGGACAGCUUAACACUAAGAAAGACAAACAAGAACUAAAUCAGGAUAGAGUAGGCAACUUAGAAAAAGAAAAUUGCUGGUUUAAUGAGCAAUGUAAACAGUCUAUAACAGAGAAACAAACAAAACUCAUGAAGAAAUGUCCCACAAGGCCGACUUGGAAUAGAAAUAAGCCUCUCAAAAGGUAUGUUCCAGCAUCAGAAAAGUACCCUAAACAGCUUCAAAAGCAGAGAGAAGAAAAAAAAGUAAGAAGACAGAUGGAACUGCUUCAAUUGGUAGAGAAAAAUAAUUCUGAACACCUUUCUCAAAAUAGAGGCACUUCGCCAGAAGAUUUUCAUUCAUCCUAUCCAGAAACAGAGUCAAAAACCAGGUGGCAUUUAAUGAACAAGGAAGAAGAAACUAUGAAAAUUAAUUCAAUCAGUGAAGAAAGGUUCCAGUCAUCACCAGUUCCAGCAAUAAAAAACAGAACCCAACAAACUCAGACGGAUAGCUUACACUCACCACUAAAAAAUAGCCUCAAAAGAGAAACAGUGUCAGAAGAUGGUGAAACACCUGGAGUGUUUGAACCAUCCCAUUUUAUUCCUUAUGUUCGAACAAAUGAGAUAUAUUACCUGGAUCCAGAUGCACCCUUGUCUAGGCCUUCGACUGAUCAUGAUUGCAACCAAGAGCAAGGACUUGCUCUUGGUUCUGUCAGGGAUCCACUUCUUAAUCCUAACUUGGUAAAGAACAGGGAUCGACAACAAGCAAUUCUUAAAGGACUUUCAGAACUACGACAGGGACUUCUUCAAAAGCAAAAGGAGUUGGAAACUAAUUUCAUGUCUUUAGCUACAAAUCAAGAAGAGAGUUUUAGUUCUUCAUUUUAAAUGUUGGAAGUCAUUUUUGUCUUCUCAACAGUGCUCAUCACUCAACUAUUUUUUAAUAGCCUAAUUAGAUUUCUUUUUUAAAAACUCAUGUAAAACAUGCACAUUAUGUAGUAAAAUGCUGUGAUUUUUAAAAAAGUUAAUAAAAGACUUUUUGUAAAUAAAAUAAAAUUUGGAAAA